CAGAGGCGCCUGGUGCACCCGCGGUAGCGGAGCCGCGGCGCGCUCGCCCCGGACGCCGGCAGCCCCUCCGCUCGCCCUGUUGAGCGAGCGGCCCGGGGCGCCGAGGGGUCCGCGCCGCGCGGGGCGCACCGCCCUGGCCGCCAUGUGCUCCCAGCUCUGGUUCCUGACGGACCGGCGCAUCCGCGAGGACUACCCGCAGGUGCAGAUCCUGCGCGCCCUCCGGCAGCGCUGCUCCGAGCAGGACGUGCGCUUCCGGGCGGUGCUCAUGGACCAGAUCGCCGUCACCAUCGUCGGCGGCCACCUCGGCCUCCAGCUAAACCAGAAGGCCCUCACCACCUUCCCGGAUGUGGUGCUUGUACGGGUACCCACACCCUCAGUGCAGUCAGACAGUGACAUCACUGUCCUGCGACACCUGGAGAAGCUGGGCUGCCGGUUGGUCAAUCGCCCACAGAGCAUCUUAAAUUGCAUCAACAAAUUCUGGACGUUCCAAGAACUGGCUGGACAUGGGGUCCCCAUGCCAGACACCUUCUCCUAUGGUGGGCAUGAAGACUUUUCAAAAAUGAUUGAUGAAGCUGAGCCCCUGGGCUACCCAGUCGUGGUGAAGAGCACACGAGGCCACCGGGGAAAAGCUGUUUUUCUGGCAAGAGAUAAACAUCACCUCUCUGACAUCUGCCAUCUAAUCCGCCACGAUGUGCCCUACCUGUUCCAGAAGUACGUGAAGGAGUCCCAUGGAAAGGACAUCCGGGUGGUGGUGGUAGGGGGCCAGGUCAUAGGCUCUAUGCUUCGCUGCUCCACUGAUGGACGGAUGCAGAGCAACUGCUCUCUCGGUGGCGUGGGCGUCAAGUGUCCGCUGACAGAACAAGGCAAGCAGUUGGCUAUUCAGGUGUCCAACAUCCUAGGCAUGGACUUCUGUGGCAUUGAUCUCCUUAUCAUGGACGAUGGCUCCUUUGUGGUGUGUGAGGCAAACGCUAAUGUCGGCUUCCUAGCCUUCGACCAGGCAUGCAACUUAGAUGUGGGUGGGAUCAUUGCAGACUAUACCAUGUCCUUGCUGCCAAAUAGGCAGACUGGAAAGAUGGCUGUCCUCCCAGGACUGUCGAGUCCGAGGGAGAAGAACGAGCCGGAUGGCUGUGCUUCAGCUCAGGGAGUUGCAGAGAGCGUCUAUACCAUCAACAGUGGGUCUACCUCUAGCGAAAGUGAGCCUGAACUGGGAGAGAUCCGGGAUUCCUCAGCAAGCACAAUGGGGGCCCCACCCUCCAUGCUGCCCGAACCUGGCUACAACAUUAACAACAGGAUUGCUUCUGAAUUAAAACUUAAGUGAAUUCCUGCUUUUUGGCAGCAUUUAAACCAAAUCCUACUGCUUCCCUAGUAGUUUUGAGUGAAUAAAAUCUGGACUAAUGUGAUUUCAUUUGCACAGAAACUAGAAAUCCCAUCUGGGCACUCAGCAUUUUUUCUAACGAUGAUUUAAGCAAAUGGCCUAGCUUUGUGGUUUUUACAAAGACAAAUAUAAAAACACUCACCAAGAACAACGUCCCGACUGAUCAAUAUGAGACUGAUGUCUGCUGUGAGCACGUGGAUAUUACGGCUGACUCUAAGGCACUGACUCUGCUGUUGCUUCUGACUUUUAGCAGUAGAACCCAUUAGCUCGAAAUGGCUGUUGGAAUUAUGUACUCAAAAGCAACUACGGGAUGGAAGCAUGUGCAGACGAGGUGGAAUGUGACUGCAGUAAUAGGUUCUUCACUAAGUGUGUGUGUGAUGCUUGGAAAAUACACAGUUCAAACACUAUUAGAGGAUCAA